CAUUGAUGUGGACAAAAUCCAUGGUCUACGUUACGACGUGCGCACGUCUCCCCGCCCACUCCUUGCAUGUUUCUCCCAAAAUGUGAAGAGCAGGUUUGCAGAAGUCAGCUGAUGGAGAAAUAGAAAACAAAAGUAGCUUCUCCAGAUUGGUACAAAAUGGACGAGAUUCGUCCAUUGUUGUCGCCUCAGCGGCUACAGAGCGUUGAUCUGCCUUCUCCAAACCUGCAGCCCAGACACAGAGACCUGUUACCAACACCAUGCGGACCAAUAAAGCGGUGGUCAGAGCUGCCGUGUCUAGUGAAGAUCUAUUUCUGCUUCACGCUCAGCUCCCUGCUGGCUCUCCUCAUCCUCACUGUGCUCAACAUCCAGAGAGAGAGUGUCAGUAAAGGCAGUGAUGACGAUGACCUCACGGUGUCCCUCAUCCAGCUUGUCAGCAUCCUGUUCUGCAUGUACUACAUCACACGGGGGGUGCUGCAGGAGAACAGGCAAGAGCUGAUUGUCUUUGUGCUGAGCGUGCUUGUGGUCAUGGUGCGCUCAGUGGUCAACUUCAGCGUGCUCACAACACACGACCCGCUUCUAUUGGUACGGUUUGUGUGUAUCCUGAGUGUGGGUUUGCUGCACGUGAUCUGCGCCGUGCUGCUGAUCCGGAGGCCCAACAUGAUGGCCUUCCGUGUGGGUGGAGCUCUGGAGAGCAUGCAGGAACAGUACUUCAUACUAAACCUCUGCUUCUCCAUGGUUACUUUUGACCUUCAAGCCCAGCUGUGCCUGUGCAUCCUAAUCCUAACGUCAGGCACCUCCAUUUCCUAUACUCACACUGUCAUUCUAGGAAUUGGAGUCGUCUGGGCCUGCUUCACUGCUGCCGCUGGAGCCAUUGCUGUUCUAAAAGAAGUGAAGCCCCUGGUUUGGAUUUUCGUCCUCAUGAACUUGCCACAGCUGGCUUAUUUCAUUUACCUACUUUACUCGAUCAUUUCCCAGUGGGGCCAGAGUAAGACAUACAGUCUGGAGGCUGCUGCCAUAACAGGCUGUGUGUUCUCGGUGACCAUCAAAAGCGUGCUGUUCCGGGGCCUGUACCGCCUCUACCGCAGCUUCGGCCAGGGUCUGCGUGAGAGAAUGUUUGCUUCAGACAAGCAAUGAGCACCUUUUGAAGAGGACUAGCGUGGGGACACUGCCACUGGGGCUAGUCUGUGAAGACUAUGACAAUGCCACAAAUUUGUUUUAAGAAUUGUUUUUAACAUGGACUAUUUGGCAGCUAGCACUGCUUUUCAAAGCUUACCUUACACAUUAUUGUAAAUCUGAAAUGCUUUUUCAGUGGAAAGGCCUUUCAACUGGCCAUAAUUAUUCCUUUUUUACUCCAUUGAUCAUCAAAAGAGGUUCGUUUUCAGACAUGAAGUGCAGGAGGUAAGUUAAGCUUAUCCUGCGAUUUGUACGUUUCCAUUUUAGAAGUUCAUGCCAGUUCAUGCCAUUGUGCCAAAUUUGUUCAAGUAGAGUGAAUGUGAUGGUGUUUACUGCUACAAAUGCACUGAAUGGAUUGAUUGAACAAUAUGUUUGAUCUUCCAGACUUAAACAUGUUCCCACAAUAACUUUUUAUUCCAAAUAACAGUUACAGACUCUGAAAGCACACAUACCAUCACGUGGCUGUCUCACCUAACUUUGUUAAAAUUUUGAGUUUUUGUAAAGUCAAUCAGCCAAUUGGCAGCAGUAAUAGAUAUGCUUUAGCUAUGUAGUUAGCCUAUCUGUUACUGCUUUAAACUUUAGGCUUUGCAAAAGUUUAGCAAUUUCUUUUAACCAGGCUUUUAAGUUGUAUUUUACGUUCAUGAACAUUAGAGCAAAGCGCUUUGGAUGUUCCUAAAACAAAAUCCCACUUAUUUUGUCGUUGAUAACAUCUAACUUUUGCACGCUAAAUUUGUAGAUUGCAUCCAGAAGCUGAUAUACACAUGCAUAUGCAUAUAGAUAUACAAAAUACCUAUACAUAAACAUGCACAUAUACAAUACAUAUACUUAUAAAUACAUCCAUAUGGCUAUUAAGUCAUUUCAUAAAGAUCUAAUGUGAAUUUGUACCUUCUUGAAUGCAAACAAAAGACCUCUCAGUGUAAAAAUGUACUGCUGGUUUGAAUCCCACUUGUGCCAGGUACUGCGUUUAUGACCGGAGUUGUUAAGAAUGAAACUGCUCAUAUUGUGUGAGUGAAAGGAUGUGGCUGAGUGACUGACCAGUCACUCGGACUGGGCUGUAUUAUCCUGCAGCAGAGCUAAGUAUGUAGAUUUGCUCUCAGAGCACCUUAAAAAAAUUUAUUUGCACUGGAGCUAUGAAGCUAAUGUGGCUAACAAGUAAUGGAACUCCAUACUUAAAGCAUCAGUUGCCUCAAACCAGGUCAAGUUGCAAAAUAAUGUGAACAUAUUUAUGUGGUUUCUGACAUGGUAUUACAUUUUAUAUAUA